AUGAUGAAGAUAUGUACUGACUGGUUGCGUAUGCCGGAUAAUUUCUUGGAGUUCCAGAAAUUGUUGCUCCUUUUCUUUCCUCGGAUAGUGGACCUUAAAGCCAUGAUGAGCGAGCACAAGUUUCCAAAAAGCGGUCUUCAAGAGCUAGCUGACUUGAUGCGCGUUCCCCGUAUUGGACUAAAGCAUCAAGCUGGGAGUGACGCAAUGCUUACUGGUGAAACCUUCUUUCGGUUUUUGGAGUCCACGCCGUGGCAAUUGGCUGUCUGCCCUUCAGCCCUGUAUGCUGUUGUCUCUAUGGCUGUCUUCGGAGUUCGGGCGAAGCGGUUACUCAUCAGGGAGCUUCAUAUUUCCGCACAUCGCCUUCCGGUCAUCCACUUUGACGCCAGUCCAUCAUGGCACAUCUCCCCCCUCUUGGAGUUGGGUUUUCUAUCCGGGUGCCGUCAGGUGGUAGAUGCCGCUUCGACGCCGACCGAAAGACAAGCUUUGUACAUUGCCUAUGGGUUGUCGGAUUCUAAAUCGGUGGGAACGCACACCCCUGACGAUCGCUCUUCACUUCGGACACGCAUUCGUUAG